GGGGUAAAAUUGACUUUAAAUAUAUCUGUGAGUAAUGUAUUUUUUCUCUCUAUCUACGUAGCUUCCUCCUUGGUAGUACAAGCAUUUCAGCCAGCGGUUGUUCCCAUAAGAGCCAUCACAACACUAACACUUAAAACCAGUGUGGAACUGAAUGUGACGUCAAAUACCACUCUUCAAUGCAGAUUUAAAGACAUUUCUGUGCCGGCUAGGAAAGAGGAUGGUUUUAUUUUCUGCGAGACGCCACCAAUGAGAAAUACCGACAGAGUCCCUCUUUUUCUUGAUGUUGAUGGACAAUUGUUCAAAACUAAAAAACCGCUCUAUUUGCACGGUUAGUGAGUCUAAGUAAUUAAGGUUGCACUUACAGUCAAGCCAAGAAUACAAAACCUCAUUUUAUAAAACCCUUUCAUGUGACAAUGUUUUACCGUAUUCUUUUGGUGUUGUAGACCUUGUAAACAAAGGUGUAACAACUUGACUUACUAGGAGUAAUAUAUCAUACUUGAGGUCAAGCCGGCGUCGUUGCAACUUUCAAGGAAGAUUCCUUCAAUGGACGACCGCAUUUGAGCUUUUUUUAUAAUACCUUUACUUUAGAUUUCUUGUUUUAGGAAAACAAAAGAAAAACAGCGCGAGAAAUACGAUGUGCAUCGCGGCCAGACUUAUUUGACAGCUAGUCAUUCACAGUUGCGUUAUUAUUUUUAAUUUUUUUAAUUAGUAGGCCGGAUGGCGAAAACAAUGGCUUCCUUGCAGGCGUUUCCCUCCUUCCUCCUAGCUCGCGUGCGGUCUCGCGCCCUAAUAGACCUGUUCGGCUAACUCAAUGUUGUACCCAAUUCAAACCCUUUGGGAUUAAAACGUUUUGUUUCAGGAAUUUCCAUACAUUUAAAUGAGAAUGCCACAUUAUAAUGCAAAUAGAAUACACAAAGAAUCUUAACCCCGGGAGAUUUGAAUUGGGUACAACAUUGAGUUAGCCGAAUAGGUCUAUUCCCUUCCCCUUCCCUCUCGAACGCUUGCCACGCAGGCUAUCAUGUGGUUUAAGAAGUUUUUUUUCCACUUAUUUUUGCAGACCCGUUCAAAGUAUCAAACGUUACCCCUUCAUUAGUUUCGCCGGCUCAAAACAUCUACUUGACAGUCAGUGGUAUUUCUUGUCAAGAUUGGUUACAGUAUUUCGUCCGGUUUCAAACCGCAAACGGAACAAAAAAGACCCAGCAGGGGAUCUGUAAGGAUUCUGUUAUCUCGUGCUUUGUCCCUGAAUUUUCACCCAAUACACGGCUUCGGGUUGGCUUGACUCUGAGUAACAGACUGGUGGAGUGGGCUGACAGGAAGAUUCUUAUACAGUGUGAGUAAUCUUCGAUACGGGCGAUUCAUAAAGCCGCUCGAGUAACACCACCCCCAUUGUAGCCGCCAAAAAAACACAAACUUUAAUUCGGAACUACAAGAUGUUACGUGACAAACUCGUGUACGAUAACCAACUUCACGAUAAACAUGGUUUCUAGAUGGAAUACGAAAUACAUGAAAAUUACAGAAAUAAAACGAAAAACUUACACUAACACUUAAAACCGACGAAAUACAGAAAAUGUUAACAAAGGAAACUUACAAACAGGUGUUAAGACGUCCGGCGGGUACGAUGAAAACCGAUUACUAAAUGUAAAAACAAAUACAACCGCCUAAAACUUAGCACAAACGCGGCGAGUACCUUUUCACAUGUUUACGACCGCGGGGUCCUGGGCCUAAGUAAAAUACCGCUGGUCGGGUAAAUAAUAAACCGAAUUUAGGCAUAACCUGGAUCUACACCCAUCCACCCACCUCUUUUCAUGUUUGCUUCGUUUGUGUUCUCAGCCGAUGCAUAUCACUAUAAUUGUUAAUUAUAAAGAAAGCGAAGGAGCACAAGCUUUAACACAACUUUCAGAAACUCAUUAACAUUCAGUAAGCAUAAUUGUCCAUAAUAUUGACUUCUCGAGACUGAAAAGUCAAGUGGGUGGUUUCACACGCAUCACAUUUAUUCAAACGCAAAAUAACAACGUUUACCUCUGGUCCGGGCUAUUCAAAGCUGGGUUAUAGGAUGACGUAGGGUUAAAAAGCAGAUUUACUUAAAUUCUUUUCGUCUACAAUUUGGUGAUUGGAUGCGCUCAAAAGGAAUAGAAUGCUUUUGAACAAAAUAAAAAGGACAAAAAGAAAACCGGAUUAAAAUUAAGCCCUUGCACUAAUUAGCCUUCAAACAACUGGGCCCUGGCGUAGCGUCAGCUCAAAAUUACAUAUUCGUACAUAAAAUAUAAAAAAGGUUGUAUUGUAAUUUUACGUAAGAGAUAGGAGAAGGGACUUAACUUAAAAAAGGUCUUAAAAAGGUCUCGUAUUUUGCGUUGUAGAUCCGAUAGACGCUAUGAAAAGUUGGGUAAAAGACGUGAAAACAGACACUACUGCGAAAGGAUCGUUUGCAUUCGUGGUAGUACUCAGAGAUCGCUUUGGAAAUCCCAUUAAAGUUAUCGAGAGAGACAACAAGAAAUCGACAAGGGUAUUAGUUCAGUACGCGCCGAGGAAUAAACCACAACAAAUGACCUUCCUAAAGUGUACCACGACCAUAAGGAGUGAAGGGACUGGUGAUGAGUUUGAGUUGAGCUGCGCAGGCGCUGAAAAGGAAAGUAUCUAUUUUUAUCCUUCCAUAAACAAUGUACCACUUGGUGGGAAGGAGAGAUAUGAAGCUACAACUACCUUAUGCCCUGGAAAGAACAGUUGUGAAGGUAAUUAGCUUCUCGUGCAUAAGGUUUGAGUUAUGUAUACACUAUACCAAAUAGCUUUUCGUAUCGACACGAACAACAGCAACGGCACAGAAAUGGAGCAAGUCGUUUACACACAUCUAGGAGGGUCAUGCUUUCAAAACCUUUCACCGCCUUUUCUAGCUGCGGGUACGCCAGACUUUGUAUGUGUUUGAUGAAAGCAAUAAAAAAGUGUGUUGAACAGAUUUUAGAUUGUUCUUCAAGAUGGGUGUAAUUGCAAAGAGCUUCAUUCGAUUUAACUCGAAUUUUUCCUCACAUAGCUGAGUCAGAGACCCCGAUACUGGUCAUAGUUCUUUCUUGCCUUGGAGCUGUUCUUGUGGUGAUAUUACUGGCGGCAUUUGUCCGUAGCAAAGCUAAAAAGAAAAUAACAGUGGUCUCGGAGAUGACUAACGAGUUAGAAAUGGACGUUCAGCUUCCUAAGGACGACAACGGCACACCGGUAGAGGUAAGAGCUUGUAAUUGGAAAAUUUGCUUCUUAACUCAUAUUGAACCAAUAAAAAUUCCACUCCAAAAAGGUCCUGUGGCGCGUUACAAACUUUGAAAGGCUAUUGGAUAGUUGUCACAUGCGAGCCUGAACCUGCCUUCCGAAGAGGACAGGUGAAGCACGAAGGACGGAUAUUCCUUUUUAAUACUGUACCCUGCCUGUGUUAUCUUCUCUUGGAAGGAGAACUUCCACCGAUUAGGGUGAUCCGCUGGCUCUAACGAAUCGUUUCUCAACGCGAAUUUUAUGAAGGCGCAAAAGUACUAGCCGAGAAUGACGACGGCCAUCUACCUGCGGUCAAACACGUUGCACAUUGCAAAAAGAAAUUAAUGUCCAAGGAGGUUUCCUGAACAAUUAAGGGUUUUAUAUUCCGAUCAGAUGGAACAUUUAAGGUCACUUCAGUAUUAUCUCCACCUCACACAGCUUAUGAAUGCCCUUGCGUUUAUACUGGCUUGAAAAUAUUUUUUUACAGCAUUAAUUCGAUCCUGUGUCAAGAAGCGUCGAUGAUGUGUAGCGCUCGUAAUCCUUCGUCUUUAAUCUCCGUCCCCUUUAGUCUGUUACUCGCAUGAAAAAUACCCUUUCCGUUUUACUUCACCUUUUAACGUCAAUGUUUGCUCGCUUGCUUGAGAAGUAUUUUCAUUACGUAUCUUUUUUUUCCAGCUCGUAAAUCGGCAAGAAAACUACGCUUUCGACAACAGUGUUGAAGAUAUCGCAGUAGCCAGUGCAACUCAAGAAAAUGUCUCAGAGGAUGAAAAAUCCAGUGAUGAAUCAACCACACUGCAUUUGAAUGUUUCUGGUGCUCUUGAAGAAUCCGAACAGGAACCUCAAGCAGAGGAUCAAAAGAAGGCAGAAGACGAACCCGAGAAAAAGACUGACGAAACGAUUAAAACGCAGGUAAGCUUUAGG